GGUUCUCUCCCUCUGGGCACAUGCUGAUGCCCCUGGGUGGGCUGCUGUGCUGCUGGUGGUGGUGCUCCUGCUGCUGUGGCUGGUACCGCUGUGGACUGUGCACCCCAGCCCCCCAAAUGUUACGCCACCAGGGUCUCCUCAAGUGCCGCUGCCGCAUGCUCUUCAAUGACCUGAAGGUUUUCCUUCUGCGGCGCCCCCCUCCAGCGCCCCAGCCCAUGCACGGUGACCCCCAGCCCCCCAUUUUGGCAGCCAACAAUAACACCCUUCCGGCUCUGGGUGCCGGGGGGUGGGCAGGCUGGAGGGGGCCUCGAGAAGUGGUGAGCAGGGAGACCCCUCCUCUGCCACUUCCACCACCUUUGCCACCUUCUGUGGAAGAUGACUGGGGCGGCCCAGCCACAGAACCACCUGCCUCACUGCUCAGCAGUGCCUCUUCGGAUGACUUCUGCAAGGAGAAGGCUGAGGAUUGCUACUCACUGGGCAGCAGCCUGGACAGUGGUAUGAGGACCCCACUCUGUCGAAUUUGCUUCCAGGGACCAGAACAGGGGGAGCUACUGAGCCCGUGCCGCUGCGACGGCUCGGUCAAGUGCACACACCAGCCAUGCCUCAUCAAGUGGAUCAGCGAGCGGGGUUGCUGGAGCUGCGAGCUGUGCUACUACAAGUACCACGUCAUCGCCAUAAGCACAAAGAAUCCUCUGCAGUGGCAGGCCAUCUCUCUGACAGUCAUCGAGAAGGUUCAGAUUGCAGCUGCCAUCUUGGGCUCUCUCUUCCUCAUCGCCAGUAUCUCUUGGCUCAUCUGGUCGACCUUCAGUCCCUCAGCAAAAUGGCAGCGCCAAGACCUCCUCUUCCAGAUCUGCUACGGGAUGUAUGGCUUCAUGGACGUGGUGUGCAUAGGUCUCAUCAUCCACGAAGGACCUUCUGUGUACCGAAUCUUUAAACGGUGGCAGGCUGUCAACCAGCAGUGGAAAGUGCUGAACUAUGACAAGGAAAAAGACCUGGAAGAGCAGAAGUCAGGAGGCAGGACAAACCUCCGGAUCUCCUCGUCCACCCAGGCCAACAUCCCCUCCUCAGAAGAGGAGGCAGCUGGUACCCCUGUCCCCGAGGAAGGCCCCACUCGGGCUGCCAGCCACCCCUCAGACCCUCUGUCCCAUCACCACUGUGCUUACACCAUCCUGCACAUCCUGAGUCACUUGAGACCCCAAGAACAGCGGAGCCCCCAGGGCAGCAGCCGGGAGCUCGUCAUGAGAGUCACCACUGUCUGACAGGAAAGACCUGGAGAAAGGUGGAGAGAGGCUGGCCCAGGAGGGGCCAGGAAGCAGGUGUGGGGAGACAAGGCAGCACCUGAGCCAGAGCAGACAGCAAGCACACAGUGGUGGGCCUCAAAGGGUUCCAGGGCAGGGUGGAGCUGGAGGAGGCUGGCAUCUGGAGCCAUUGAUGAUUUCCAAUCAGUCAGUUCCAUUCUCUAAUGGCAGCAGUGACAAAAACCAGUACAAACUCAGCAACAAUGGGCCAGACAGACGGAACCUAACCUAGCAAAACAACCACCCAGGUGCACCCGUGUAAUCAAGACUCCCAAGAGGAAAGGCUACUGGAGGGAAAGCUGGUACAAUGGGUGGUGGUGUCCGUGGGUGCAUGGGCAGUGGAGAGAAAAGAAGAAAUCAAGAGGAAUGCAUUUGGAGCCUGCUCCUUUCAAACUUGAGUCUGUUUUUCUUUCUCCCUGGGUGAUGUUCAUGGGCAGUCAAGGGAGGGUUGAACCCACUUGGGCUGGUAGGGAAGACACACAGGCUUUGAGGCUCCUGGGGCUCUGAGCCUCUGGGCCCAACUGAGAGGCAGAAUUCAGUGACUCAAAUGGCUUUAGGGAUCAUGGGGCAGUUGAUGCUGGGAAGGAGGUGUUGGUGUAAGCAACCAGAGGAAGGGUGUGUUUCCUCCCAUCAGAACUUCCCCAGCUAGAAUUCCCAAUUUCAGGUGGGCUCAAAGAAGCCGUGGUUUUGGAGAUGGGUGUCUUUCUGUGCCCUUGUUACUUUAUUUUACGGUGAUUUGGCUCAGAAGAUGUUUACAGGACACACACACACAAACACACACACACACCUAGAGAAAAGUACGGCUUUCCAGUGGCCGUUUAUCUCAAGCACAGUGCUGCUUCUGUGGCCUCAGCCUUCAAAGUUGUCAGUCCAGGAGUAACUUUCCCAACUACUCAGACCCACCCAUGGCCAGGACAGCUCAGUGCCAUACCCCUCCAGCCUUGGCACAGGCACAGACUCAGACCCCCACACAGGGCCCCUCCACUGCCAACUCCCGGGUCUCCCAGGAGGACUGCUGCAGUGUUGGCAGAAGUUGGCUAAUGAUCCCCAAGGAGUGGAGUGGAGACCAGUCUAAGUAUUCCUUGCUGCUUGGGACCCUUCAAAGAAGCAGUUUGGUCCCUGCCUAGUGCACACAGGCAGGGCCAGGGGCCCUGGCAGGGAGCACUGUCUAUGGAGCCCACCUGCUUGUUUCUGAAACGCUGCCAGGGAAGGCCCCUGGGUGGUCACUUGCAGUUUCUUGUUGUCAUUGCACAGUGGCCAUGUCAUUCUUGGGUAUUAAAGGAACACUGUCAAGUACUUUUUUAAACUAGUUUUUAGGGUUUUUUAAAAACUCUCUGUUGUUUGUAAUAUUCUCUUAAAAGCUUGAAAAUAAAAUUUCUUUCCCUACCA